GGUAAGUGUCCCGAGGAGGGAUGGAGCGAGAGCACCGUAGAGCUCUUCCUCAACGAGCUGGCGUUGAUGGACAGCAACAACUUCCUCGGCAACUGUGGCGUGGGAGAGAGAGAAGGCCGGGUGGCGUCCAGCCUGGUGGCGAGGCGACACUACAGGUUGAUCCAUGGCAUAGGUCGCUCAGGUGACAUCGCUGCUAUUCAGCCCAAAGCUGCAGGAUCCAGUCUGCUUAACAAGCUGACCAAUUCAGUUGUGUUGGACAUCCUUAAACUCUCAGGUGUCCGGAGUGUGGCGAGCUGCUUUGUAGUUCCCAUGGCAACGGGAAUGAGCUUGACGCUGUGCUUCCUGACCCUCCGUCAUCGAAGGCCCAAGGCUCGCUACAUCAUUUGGCCUCGCAUCGACCAGAAGUCCUGCUUCAAAGCCAUGACCACAGCAGGCUUUGAGCCGGUGGUGGUGGAGAACGUUCUGGAGGGCGAUGAGUUGCGGACAGACGUGGAAGCAGUCGAGAGCAAGAUCAGUGAGCUCGGAGCUGAGAACGUCCUGUGUGUUCAUUCCACCACGUCCUGCUUUGCCCCGCGGGUCCCUGACCGGCUUGAGGAGCUGGCUGCUGUGUGCGCCAAACAUAACAUUCCCCACAUAGUGAACAAUGCAUACGGAGUACAGUCGUCCAAAUGCAUGCACCUCAUACAACAGGGAGCUCGAGUUGGAAGAAUUGAUGCCUUUGUACAGAGCUUGGACAAGAACUUCAUGGUUCCAGUAGGGGGCGCCAUCAUCGCUGGUUUUGACGAGUCCUUCAUACAGGAGAUCAGCCAGACGUACCCAGGUCGAGCAUCGGCCUCACCUUCCCUCGACGUUCUCAUCACCCUUCUCACUCUGGGCGCCAGCGGCUACAAGAAGCUCCUGUCAGAGAGGAAGGAAAUGUAUUUGUUCCUGGCCCAGGAGCUGAAGAGUCUAGCCUCUGCACACGGGGAGAGACUGCUUCACACCCCACAUAACCCCAUUUCACUGGCCAUGUCUCUGGACGGUCUCCAGGCCGACAGCGACAAGGCGGUGACUCAGCUGGGCUCCAUGUUGUUCACCCGGCAAGUGUCGGGAGCCAGGGUGAUACCGCUGGGCAAGGAGCAGACUAUAAGCGGACACACGUUCCGUGGCUUCAUGUCGCACUCGGAGGCGUACCCCGCUCCUUACCUCAACGCUGCCUCCGCCGUGGGGAUCACCAGGGAAGAUGUGACACUGUGCAUCAAACGGCUCGACAAGUGCCUGAAGACCCUUAAGAAGGAGGGAAGUGCAGCGAGAAACAGUUCCGCGGUACUUCCAUCGUGCCAGGAGGAGACUACUGAAGAAUGACUGCCUGGAAUAAGGAAACUUUGACAAGCCUAGUUAGAGCUCUAGGCUCUGCUGCUGCCUGAACAUCCUCAUUUUUAUUUUAAUUUUUUUGGUGUGUUCAUCCAACACAACUGACACAAGC